UCCACUCCUGACACCCACUAGGUUGAAAUAAGGUGUGAGUUGUCAUUUCCGUACUUGAAAAAUAGAAAAGAGGGGAAAGUUCCAGAGAAAUAAAGAUGAGCUUAUAACCUAGGAAGAGAGUAGGGUUCCGGUGAAUUGAGGAUGGUGGGACCACAGAGACCACAGUUCGUUCUCUUCGGAUCCUCCAUUGUUCAGAUCAGUUACAGCAAUGGCGGUUGGGGUGCCAUUCUCUCUGACAUUUAUUCCCGCAAAGCGGACGUAUUAUUGCGAGGUUACUUUGGUUGGAACUCCAGACGUGCUAUACAGGUCCUUGAUCAAGUAUUUCCAAAGGAUGCAACUGUGCAGCCUACAUUGGUGAUUGUUUACUUUGGUGGUAAUGAUUCAAUGGGACCUCAUUCAUCUGGAUUGGGUCCUCAUGUACCUCUUCCAGAGUACAUUGAGAACAUGAGAAAAAUUGCAACUCAUCUCAAGCGCCUCUCAGAGAAUAUUCGCAUAAUUUUUCUCAGUUGUCCACCUGUUGACGAGGCCAGAGUUCGUGAAAAUACAAGUUCAUUAUUCAGUGAGUUGGUUCGAACAAAUGAGUUGUGUCGACAGUAUUCUGAGGCCUGUAUAGAGCUAUGCAAAGAGAUGAAUCUGAAGGUUGUUGAUCUUUGGACAGCACUUCAGAAAAGAGAAGAUUGGUUGACCACUUGUUUCACGGAUGGCAUUCACUUGGCCGAGGAGGGGAGUAAAAUAGUUGUUGAAGAGAUCCUCAAGGUUUUGAAGAAAGCUGAGUGGACACCUAGUUUACACUGGAAAUCAAUGCCAACAGAAUUUCCUGAAGAUUCUCCUUAUGAUUUGGUUUUAGCCGAUGGUAAAACCACAAUAAACCCAUCUGAGUGGACCUACCAUAGACAAAUUCAAUGGGAUUAGAUUUCCUUCUGCACAAUUGAAACAUAAAGGGGUGUAUAUGCAUAAAACUUCAGAAUUUAUGCUAUAAUAUUCCAGUUUUACCUUA